AGUUUUCCAUCUGAUGAGGGUUGGCCAUUUGCAAAGUACUUAGGAGCAUGUGGAAGAAUGGUGGCUGUCAAUUACGUUGGAGAAGAGCUGUGGAGUUACUUUAAUGCACCAUGGGAGAAACGAGUGGACCUGGCCUGGCAAUUGAUGGAAAUAGCUGAGCAGCUGACAAAUAAUGACUUUGAAUUUGCACUCUACCUCCUUGAUGUCAGUUUUGACAACUUUGCAGUUGGACCAAGAGAUGGGAAAGUUAUCAUUGUAGAUGCAGAAAAUGUUCUGGUAGCAGACAAAAGGUUAAUCAGACAGAAUAAACCUGAAAACUGGGAUGUAUGGUAUGAAAGCAAAUUUGAUGACUGUGAUAAGGAAGCUUGUCUGUCCUUCUCGAAAGAGAUUCUUUGUGCUCGUGUCACUGUGGACCACAAUUAUUAUGCUAUUUGUCAGAACCUUUUAUCAAGACACGCCACGUGGCGUGGCACUUCUGGAGGACUACUUCACGACCCCCCAGCUGACAUUGCCAAAGACGGCCGCCUGGAGGCCUUGCUGGACGAGUGUGCCAACCCAAAGAAGCGAUACGGGAGAUUCCAAGCGGCGAAGGAGCUGCGGGAGUACCUUGCACAGCUGAGUAACAACGUGAGGUAGUCCACCGGGACAAUU